AAUAAAUGAAUAUCAUCAUAAUCAAGUGGAUAAUAUCUUUGUGGGUCCCACAACUAAACUUUGUGAAGAAGUAAUAUCAAAUUAAAAAUAAUAAUAAAAAAAAACAAAAAAUAAAAUUUCUUGUUCGCAAAGCCAAACAGAUCACUAUAUAUCUCACUUUCCAACACAAAGAGCCUGAAUAGCGGCUAACGGGUACGCUUAAGCUACUUCUUAAUUUUUCGAUUAAUUUCUGAUUCGAACAAAGUUUCGUUCUCUGAUAGGGUUAGGGUUUCACUUCUAUUCCUUUCCCUUUCCUUCUUCAUCGCUUUCGUUUUCAUAACUAUGGACUCUUCUUUCGUGAUCAAGGUGAAAUAUGGAGAUGCCCUCAGGCGCUUCAAUGUUCGUGUGGACGAGAAUAAACGAAUGGAUCUUGACAUGGUUGGUUUGAGGGCUAAGAUAUGUUCUAUUUUCAAUAUCGCUGCUGAUGCAAAUUUAAUUCUGAGAUAUGUUGAUGAAGAUGGUGACUUGGUGAAUCUUGUUGAUGACAAUGAUUUGAAUGAAGUGACGAAACAGCAAUUAAAAUUCUUGAAAAUUGAUGUACAUAUGAUCAAUAACUCGGGUGGUAAAUCAGAAGCUGAUGGCUCCAGUGGAAGUGCCACCCCUUUAAGAUCUCCUGCUGUCUCAGACCCAUUUGGAAUUGGAAACUUUGAUGCUUUGCAAGCUCUGCCAGAGCCAGUACGCGAGGCUCUGUAUUCGUCAUUUUCAAAAGCUGCUUCUUCAAACCCAGUGCUAGCAAAUAUUGCUGAUUCAAUUUCCAAAUUAGGAAUAUCCAUUCUCAAGCCACAUGGCAAUUCUCAUGUUGCAGGUGCUACAAGCUCAAAAUUUGGUGUUCCUGAUGAAUCUGUCACUCAUGAAGCAAAAGGUCCACAAUCUCCGCAUGCGGAUUCGGCUUCCAAUGCCAGUGACAAUGCUAGGACUAGUGGAACUUCCAUGCCCUUAAGGUCUCCUGUCUCGGACCCAUUUAAAUCUGGAAAUGUCGAUCAAACUGGUGUUUCAAAUUCUGAGCCCGUCACACUACAGGAGGCUCUUUCUAAUUUAUCACUUUCACAAGCUGCAUCUUCCAGUGAAGCGUUUCGGACUUUCUCUGAUAUGAUUUCCAAAAAGCAUCCGAAAUCUCAUCGCUGGGUCCCUCUUGCUGGUCCAAGCUCAAAAAAUGAUGUUCCUAAAGAACUUGCCACCCCUGAAGCAAGAGGUCCGCAGUAUCCAUAUCUGAACUAUGUAGAUUCCAAUGGCAAUCGUAUGGCGGCAUACAAUGCCAGUCAACUGAUUAGAAAUUCACUGGCAGCCUCCAAUGCCGGUCGACAGGUGGACUCUAGAAAUGUAGGAGUUGAUCUCAAUAUUGAUCUGAGUGAUCCUUAUUCAUCCACCAAUGUAAAUAGAGCACCACUUUCAUCAGCAGUUCCUGUUAGUGAUGACAAGGGUAAAGCGUCUAUUGAUGACAGUUCUGCUGGUAAGGAUGAAAGAUGUGAAACAUCAAUUAAUUCUGCUGUUCCUAAUAAUAUUCCAACCAAGAGUCCGGCUUUAAGUUUCGUUGCUCCUAAUGAAUGUCCAUUUUCUGGGACACAUACUCUUCACUCAAUGCCACCUCCUCUAGGAAACUUUCGCAUUUCUCCGUUCAAAAGGAGCCACGGUCACACUGAUGCAAUGAAUGGCAUGUUUCACAAGGGGGUCCGCUGUGAUGGCUGUGGAGUCUAUCCAAUAACUGGACCUCGUUUCAAAUCCAAAAUAAAAGAAAACUAUGACCUCUGCAGCAUUUGCAUCAAUGAAAUUGGUAAUCAGACUGAUGAUUAUAUCAGAAUGGACCGUCCUGCAUCAUUUCGGGCCCCAAGAUGUUCAUAUCAGAAUACAAAAGAAUUUAGGCAUCAUCCGAAGAUACCACCACCUAUUUUUAAAACAGGUGCUUUUUUGAAGCAUGCAAGGUCUAAGCUUGAUAGUCGGUUCAUUUUGGAUGUUAAUGUCAUAGAUGGUACAAUGAUGGCUCCAUCUACCGCAUUCACAAAGAUCUGGCGGAUGCGCAACAACGGCACUAUUGUGUGGCCCAAGGGAACUCGACUUGUUUGGAUUGGAGGAGACAAAUUAAGUGACUUGCUUUCUGUUGAAUUAGAGGUUCCUGAUGAUGGUGUACCCAUGGAGAAGGAGCUUGACGUUGCAGUUGAUUUUAGAGCUCCCCAGUUACCUGGUAGAUACAUAUCAUACUGGAGGAUGGCAUCUGUCUCUGGGCAUAAAUUUGGCCAACGCGUUUGGGUCCUUAUACAGGUCGAUGACUCUCUCAAGGACUCAUUUUAUGAUAGCUCUCAAGGUCUGAACUUGAAUGUUCCCCUUGGUGUUGGUAGCUCUGAAGGGCCUCGGGUUAUAGAUAUCAAUGUUCAACCUAAUGAGGAUACUGUUUUUCAUCGAUCCAAAAAUCCUAAUGCUCCCCCUGAACCUGUGAAUCAAAUGGUUGAUGAGGAACAAAGGCAGGAACUGGGACCAGUAAAUACUGGUGGGGUAACUGGUAUUAUCGAACCAGAUGCAACCAUUGCAUUUGGAUUUCCUACAAUGGAAACUACAUUUGUUCGCCCUGCCGCCUCAUCCCCUGCAAAUUCGGUGGAACCUUCAUCUGUUUCUUAUCCCAAUAUUGAUUUCUCUGGUACUGCCCCAGCUGUUCCCUCCAAUCAGCAACCCUCAACUUCAUCUGUUUCUUAUCCGAUUAUUGACUUAUCUGGCACAGCCCCAGAUGUUCCCUCCUAUCAGCAAGCAUCAACUGUGGAUGCACUACCAUCGUCUCUAGGCAUGAACGAAAGUGAUUUUGCAGUAGGCAGGAAUGAAAAUGAUUCUGUGGAAGAGGCUCUCCUUAAAGAGCUUGAGGAGAUGGGUUUUAAGCAGUUUGAUUUAAACAAAGAGGUUCUGAGAAUGAAUGAGUACAAUCUGGAGCAGUCAAUAGAGGAACUCUGCAGUGUUUCUGAGUGGGAUCCUAUCCUUGAAGAGUUACACGAGAUGGGUUUCCGUGACAAAGAGACUAACAAGAUGCUGCUGAAGAAAAACAAUGGAAGCAUUAAACGUGUUGUUAUGGAUUUAAUCAAUGGAGAGUAGGUUUAGUUAUAUGUUAGCUGUUAUAUAUAUGUUAAAGUUAGCAAAACGUUCUGUGAGAACGAUAAAUAAUUGCUAGGCACAGUGCUAUUUAAUUUCCUAACUCGAUCUUGUGUUGUGGUGCUAUGUCAUUGCAAUUAAACAAUUUGAUCGAUCUAUGUUUUAUGCAUAAUAUGCAAGACUCAAUAUGAUAUUUAUAAAUUAUUAUAUUAUA